AUGUGGAACAAUUUUCAGAUGGAAGAUAAGUUGAAGCUCGUUGAGGCCGAGUCGGUGAAGAAGUUCGCCUUCUUCGGUGUUGCCGUCUCAACUGUGGCCACAUUAACAGCUAUCGUAGCUGUCCCAAUGCUCUGCAUUUACAUGCAGAACGUGCAAUCCGGCCUACAAGACGAGAUCAACUUCUGCCGCACCAGAGCACAAGGACUUCGUGGCGAGUACACAAAGCUGGAGUCAUUCCGCAAAGUUGAAAGCCGAGAAAAGAGGCAAACUUACCAAUGCUGCUCUUGUGGUAUGGGACCAGCUGGACCAGUUGGAAAUCCGGGACAAGAUGGUGCCCCCGGAAACGAUGGACGACCUGGAGCUCCAGGAGCGCCUGGACCUGACGCUCCUAACGACCACAUUAUUCCUCGUCCCGAGGACUUCUGCUUCGAGUGUCCACCUGGCCCCGCUGGUGCACCUGGACAGCCCGGACCUAAGGGACAGCCAGGAACCCCUGGAGCUCCUGGAGACCAAGGACCAAAUGGUCGACCAGGAUCAGCUGGAGCCCCAGGACCUCAAGGACCUCCCGGACCCAACGGAAACGAUGGUCAACCUGGACAGCCUGGAGCUCCCGGACAGGUGCGCACCGUUCCAUCUCCUCCUGGCCCACCAGGACAGCCCGGAGAGCCAGGACCACAAGGACCACCCGGACCAGAUGGACGCCCUGGAAGCCCUGGAACCUCAGGAUCACCUGGACCUCAGGGAGACCCAGGACAGGAUGGAGCACCAGGAAAUCCUGGAGCACCUGGAGAGCCUGGAGCCCCUGGAAAAGACGGUUCCAAGGGAUCUUGCGAUCACUGCCCACCACCACGUACUGCUCCUGGUUAUUAA